AUGGCCCUCCAACCCGUCAGGCUCCUCCGUCCUAGCGCGCUCAAGAUCGAUGCCGACACCCCAUGUGUCCUGGAGAUGCACGUACCCUUCGCCGUCCCCUCCAGCCUCGACCCGUCGUUGCCCGCGCCGCCCUACCACCCGGGCAACGUGACAGGUGACGACCUCCUCGACCUCCACGCUAUGCCCGUGUUACGGCGGCCGAUGGCCGAAAUUCACCCCGGGGGCCCCAAACUGCGCCUCGUGGCCGAGUUCGACGCAAGCGCCGUUGCCGAAAAGGAUAAUGGUUUAGAUCUUGCGGCGGGAUAUUGGAAGGAUACCCGCGGCAUCGAGCACCACGCGUCCAUCGACGCCUACGAGGAGGAUCCGGUAUCGGGCGAAGUCGUGAUUCUCCAAGGAUUCAUUUUAUCCCUCAUUCGCGGGAAGGAAAAGUACCAGGUACUGGGGUACUAG